AUGAGUGAUAUAAACGUGCAUCGUUUGGUAAACCUUACGCUGUCAGAUCCCUUCACUGAAACAUGGAUGAAGUUGUAUGGGUACAUGCUAAAGAAAAACCACGCCCUCAUCCAGAAUUUUCCGAAGAUGAACAAAAAAGAAUUUUCGAAAAUCUCCGACUACGAACAGGUUUAUCAUUUCUUUCUCCAGCAGCAACAGAAAGACGAAAUGGUAAUUAUGGUAAUUGUAUAUUUAUCCACUGUCUCAAAAUUGUAUGCGAGAGCCUUCCAUUAAGGAUUCAAGCUGCCAUAACCACAUAAACUAACUGGCACCUGCCACGAAGGCUCAGUAACCCCACAAUUCAGGUUUAUAUUUGUUGGUCUCUUGUAAUCCAUUAAAUCCUAUAAAUAACAGUUAUUGAAUAAGACUGAGUACGAUACGAAGAAUUAUGAAGGUCGCGGAGGAUGUUGUCCACCAAGGCUAAAGAAAUACUUCCCCUAGUUUAGUUUUCAUUGUGUAAGGCAGAGCCACUAUGUUCUUUGUUUUAUAUCGAAACUUUUCAGGAGGAUCAAGGCGUAGCAGAUAUAUUUAACCAACCGAGAAUAAAGGGAUAUUUCCUCGCUUGAUUUAACUUGAGACAGACUCACAAUUGUUUAAUAGCAAUAGUCCAUUUUUGAAGAACAAUACCUAGCGUGUGACUUAUUUUUAGACUGCUUGCAUUCCGCCUUUUCUCUUAGAUCCGUUUCCGUCCAGUUCUCAGACGGAGUGAGCGCGUAUGCACUAAAAACGCUUUUAGCCAAACUGGGACUGGGGCAAGAGGAGAAAAGACGCGUUUUCUCGUUUCCCGCUUUGCCGUUCGCCGCUCGCCGGUCCUACUCCAGGGACUUUGAAGAGAAUAAGAAACUUCUCGCAAUCUAACUUAUUUUAGUAGCUUUUUCUGAAUGUCGCUCCAAGGUCUUUAAGACUGCACCACAGACUCCAUAUUGCCUUUAAGUUCCUUACCGAAAAACUGAGAGCAAAUUCGAGAUCCCUAGCUAUUAAACUUCUAGUAAAAAUUGCAGUAACAUGCUCAUUUUUUAUUUUCUCAUUCCUUUUAUUUCUGUCAGGUUCGCCCGUUCUUCCGAUUUCCUUCCCAAGAAGAGCCUUUCAAAAGUGUAGUGAAUAAUAUAACGUGGCGUGAAGACCGUGUGUUCUCUGAGCAGCGUUUAGCCGGCUUGGAUCCCAUGUCACUCAUGAAAGUUUCCACGGGUCAAGGUAGGUGACGCCAAAGAUCUUCCAAAAAAUAAGAGUAUAUUCUUUCAUUCAAGUCACGCUAUUGUUCUGAGGCAAUACAACACAGAUCCACUCAAGUGUUGGCAUUAUUUGGCCACUUGCAUGUCCGAGCGGCAGUUUAAUUUGCUGAACAUGCGCUGUCUAUUAAAGAUCAACAUCUCAACUAAAACUACAUUGUGAGCCCAUGCACCUUUUUUCUGGCUCCUUUUUGUUCAUAGUUGGUCAUCCAACUCGUGUCAACCCAACCUCUCUUUCAAAAGCCAAUCAUUUCAAGGCUCCAAGGAAAUGUUCGCAUAUACGUGCAUGCAUUCCCUAGUUCACUUCCUCUUGCCAUCACGGCGAUUACAUCUCUGCGGAAACAAUUUUUCCCUCCCCCAUCCCUCUUUGGCAACUGUUGGACGACCUCUUGUACGUUUAUAUUUUCGUUUAGCCAUUAGGCAAAUUUUUGCCCACCUUUGAUGAAAAUAACAUAUUAUUUAGUAUUAUCAGUGUUAGAUAAUGCGUCUUUGUUUGACAAUCAAUUAAAUUCAAAGUUUCAAGUCUUUUUUUAGUAGCAUCAAGAGGAAAUGUAUUUGAGGUAACAUCUUUUUACCAAAACUUAUGUUCACCGAGUCAUGGCACGAGAGAAGGGUCGAAGAAGGAUACUGAAAUUACCGAUCCUAGUUCUAAAGGGAAUUUAAAAAAAUUGCAUGUAGGCAACUAGGGACGGGCACUUAAACUGUCGCUGCGACUUGGACAAAGAUCUAUAAAAUAAAGUUGUACACUACUUUCUUACUUAUGCAGCAAAAGCUCAGCAAUGCCAUUAGUGUUGGUAUUCCAACAGCUAUUUCUGACCCAUAAAUUACCGUUAAUUAACCUUCAACCAAUCAUGGCGUUCACACUUAUUAUCUUCUUUAUUUUUUUAAUCCAUAACUCUGGUGCCACUUUUUCAGGUUUUGUUGGUGUCAAAUGGUCUGAGCUGAAACCGCGCUUGAAUUCAAACUACGACUGGGAUUCUGCUGUGGAGAGAAGCCUAGGGGACAACGUUAAGCUGGAAGAAGCCAUUGCUGCAGGAUCUAUUUUUGUUGUUCAGUUCCUUCUCUUUGACAACCUUGUUACUGUGCCAGACAUCACUGAACCCAGACUUACACGGAAUAUGUGGCCCUCUUUAUCCCCUAUCGCCUUGUUUGUUUCUCGUCCAGGGGAUAAUGGCGCACCUGCGCAGUUGAAACCUGUUGCUAUUCAGCUAGACUUUAAACCAGGUAUGGUCACUGUUUAAGAGGCUACGAACCUGUACUAAAUCAGUAAGCCUCCACUCAAUAGACAAUGAACAGCCUCGUAUCCCUUCAAUUUGCCCCGAAAUCGGAGUGACUUUUCUGUUGCGCCUAAUUACAUUGUAAUUACGACAAUUCCUUUAAACAAUUUCUUCAGUAAAGCGAGUGAAAUGCGCAAACACCCAAGAAAUCACCACCCACGAGGCCUAGGAAGAUUACACAAGAUGUCAGGGAGUUUAAAACCAUGACAUCUUUACUCCCUAAUAUCACUUUUCUCGUGGGUACGAUUUUCAGGAGCUCGCUUUAAUUUCAAGCGCUGUUUUUAAGAAAACAAGGGAUUACUAAUAGUUACGCCUCCACACUUUCCAAUCCUGAUUCUGAUUAAGUACCCCAGUUCCCCCAAUUAAACAACACUAUCUUAAAUAUAUAGUAAGGCAUAGCCUUUGGAAACAAGGAAGAAGGAAUCAUGCUUAUGCCAUCUUUCAACUUAUCUUUAAUAUUGUGUCUUGUUUUGUACUGCUCUCUAAAGAAAAUGACUGUGAGCUCGAACAUAACGCGUGAUCACUUAUGUUUUGUAUCACAGACUCCCUAGUUUACUCUCCCGAAGAUGGUGAUCUGUGGACUUUAGCUAAGGAGAGUUUCCAAGUCACCAACUUUGCUUACGUUCAGAUGGUGGAACACUUACUGAAAACACAUCUUAUGUUGGAGCCAUUUUGCGUGUGCAUUUUGAGACACCUGUCAAAACUGCAUCCCCUGCACCAACUCAUGAAGUACCACUGCAGGUAGGAGCUGGCGCAUUUAUGGUCUUGUUUUCAUAUGAUGCCCCAGAGUUACAAAAAUUGUCUUGCCACAAGGCAGGCUAAGGCUUAGGGGCGUAUGCUUAUUGGGCGAUAAAAGCAACAGGCGCAGUAAACGCGUCGUGUGAACAGAAAAAUGCAUUCCAUUACUUUGAAAGCCUUACAGAGUACAUUUCGAUCUCUCCUAUAAUUUUGCGGCAGAGACACAGGUUUUUUCGAAGGAGAGAAAAGGGGUCAGAAAAACAGGGGACUUUCAAGUUUAUUCUUGUAAGAGGCUCCUCGUAGAUUGAUUUUCCUUAUUUGAUAAUUGCAGGGGUUUACUACCAACUAACAAGGUUGGUUUUCCUAAACUGGUGGAUGACAAAGCAUACAUGCAUCAGUUGUUUGCCAUUGGCAACACCGGAUCAGUCACGCUGUUGCUCCGCGCUUAUCAAACCUUGACAUGGGAAGAUACUGACUUCAGAGCCAGAAACAAGGUGUGUAAAUUCUUCGUUUUUGUCAUCGUCAAGAAUAGAUAAUCAGUGAUAAUCCUUUACAGAAAAAUAUAGCAAAUAUAUUGAAUUAAAAGUGAUAAAUUUGGAAAGGUUUAAAUAUUUGUAGUUAAAAAAGGAAACUUGAAAGGGUAAAAAUCAAACUGACAGAAGGUAUAAUCCAGACUGUUAGAAACAACUCCAUCUGUAUCCAUUGGCAAGAGCUAGGGGUUAAACUUUGGCACCUCAUCAUCAUCAUCAUCAUCAUCAUCAUCAUCAUCAUCAUCAUCAUCAUCAUCAUCAUCAUCAUCAUCAUCAUCAUCAUCAUCAUCAUCAUCAUCAUCAUCAUCAUCAUCAUCAUCAUCAUCAUCAUCAUCAUCAUCAUCAUCAUCAUCAUCAUCAUCAUCAUCAUUAACAACAACAGCAUCACCAUCGUCAUCCUUCUCCCCAUGAUCAUCAACGUUAUGGUCAUCAUCAUCACCAAGUUAUUGGCAGUAGUAAUUUCCCCAUUCGAUAGCUUGGCAGAUAAUAUCUCCACGCGUGCCUGUUAUGUGUUAUGUUGUACAUCACCGUUACAAUUCCUAGUGUCUGGCUCUUUUCCGGCUUGUUUUAUCAGGCUCGUGGGAUUGAUGACCGCAACAAAUUGCCAUAUUUUCCGUACAGAGACGACGGGGAGAUAAUUUACAAAGCAAUCGAGGAUCUCAUGAAAGACAUAGUAAACUUGUGAGUACAGAUUAAAUACCAUACUACUGACACACCCUGGCCUGUUUCGAACAACUUGACUUAAGCAACGUUGGGAUUACGAUUUAAGGCAAUUUAAUAACGCAAUAUGAUAUUACUUUAGGUAUGUUUCUGAAUUUAGUGCCCAUUAAGCAGUAUCUUUUGGACUAAACAGAUUUCAAGAAAAUAAAAUAACCAACUACCAUGCAUCUAGUAUAAAGAAACUGGAAGUCAACACAAAAUAAAAUUCAAAUUCUUGGCUUCAGGUGACGGUAGAAUAAGCAGAUUUAGCAAAGACUACUUAACACCAAAAGAAAACGCGCAAUCGCGCAGAAAGGAAUGAACACGACUAGUUCGGUGCUCAAUUUGCCGCUCUGCUAUUGGCCAAGUCAGUUUUUCGGUCUGCGCGUAGUUGUUAAUUGUGGUCGCGUUAUCCUCUCUUAAUCUGCCUUAUGUUGAAAGUUUUCAGUAUUUCUGGCCAUGACCAAUCACAGACCGCGGUUUGCCGUAGAAAUCGUAUGUUAAAGAUAUUUCGGGUAUUAAUCAAGUGACUUUUGCAUUCAGCUUUUACGUCGCUGACAAAGAUGUACUGCAGGAUCACGAAAUCCAAGGCUUUGCUAACGAAAUAUCUACCCAAGGACUAGGGAGUAAUGGCGGCAAAGGAAAGGUACGAAUAAACUUAUGAAUAAAUUUGUUUAUUUGCCUAUUAGGGUAAUUUUUUUUCCGGAUUUGAGUUUUUAUUGUCUUAGGAGCGAACUCUAACAACCGCUGAAGUACGAACUUGUUCUAGGCUUUGUGCACUCGAAACUUACAAGCUUUUCAAGGGAGAUAGUAUUUUUCGUUGAGGAAGUACUGGAGAACCUGUUAAAGAAAAUUUUCCCAGAAAACGCUGUAAACGCAAGAACCAUUUUAGGCUAACUUGGACAAAUGCUGAUUCUUAUAUGCGGAUAAUUAAUGAAAAUUGCUAAAAGAAAUUUCUUGUUGGGGUCUUUAUUCCAGCUUCGUGGUUUCCCACCCGCAAUUAACUCCAAGGUGUUGUUGGUAGAUAUUUUUACCCGUCUCAUCUGGACUGCAAGUGCACAGCAUACUGCUGUUAAUUACCCAAUCGCGGCUUACGGGGCAUUCACGCCGAAUAUGCCCACAAAGAUUUACGACGACGACCGAGUGGCACCCGAAGUAUUCAACGCUUACCGACUGCCAAACGGAUUUGUGUCGGCAGUAAGUAGACAAAGUAAAUUUUAAAUAAUUAUGGAAUUUAUACCAAGCGAUGAUCAAGGAAUUGACACUUGACAGACUGUGAUUCUUCGAAAGAAUCAAAGCGUUUUCAUCUCUCGUCUGUGUUACCUCUUGUUACAAUUGCCUUGCCAACAGGCUGUUUUGUGUUUGGCUGUUAAAACGUGAAAAAUCAGGGGACCGGAGCGAAGGUAAUGACCACGGGUGACCACGUGAGGGCGAACAGGUCACGCUUCUCGCGGAACGCACGGAUGUUUGUGUAAUCUCGUGAUCUUCUGCUUGACCAUUUUAGAGUAGCCCGCUUGUUAUCCUAGCCUGUGAGUGAGUACGAGGGUGAGGAUGAACUUUCUUUCCUUUUUAUAUAUGCUACAAAAACAUUGGUUGACGUAACCAGGGAGGAUUGUCUUAAAACUAGGUCAACCCGUGCAGCGUUGUUUCCACCAACAACUGUUAACUGGUCUAUUCCAGAGACAAAAAUCGCGGGAGGGGGUAUUCCCAUAAAUUUCGUACAGGUGUGUACCGCCCAGGGUCUUACACCCUGAUCCUAUUUUAGGAUGAAAAAAACGAAAACUGAUACCUUCAAGCCUGAAAAAUCAGACCCAAUUCAGAAAUAAUAACGGUACCCUAUCUAUGAUCACACCGGGAACUCAACGCCAACAAUGGUGAAAAUGAUAUGUUACCCUUUUUACGGAUGGAGACCCUCACAAACCAUACCCUUCAUGGCGGAACAUACCUAUCUAGCCCAUACAUGGGAGUAGCCACAUCCCCGGGGGACAAACCGGUGCGUGUUCUCCAGUUUUUAAAAAUUGUUUCAUUGCAGGUUCAAGCCGGUGUUGCCAUGAGCUUAGGUUCACUCCGUCUGGAUCGACUGUUCGACUACGGAGCGCGUCUCAGUGAUCAGGCGAGCAGUGUUAUUGUCCUGAAACACUACAAUCGACUACACUCGGCAGUCAAACCCCUCCUGGACAAGAAGAAUAAACAGCGGUUUCAGGAAGGGUACCUCACAUAUCCGUACCUUAGCCCAGCUUGGAUACCUAACAGUAUUUGCACUUAA